AUGCUACAAAACAAUGGCAGGAGCCUGCACAAUUUUGUUUCCAUGCCUUAUCCUUCAAACAUUGUUGUCGAAGACGUUGGACAAAGACUGAUUGUAGAGGAGUUGAAUUACGACAGGAAUGAAAUGAGUGAAUACUUGGACCAAUGUCUCUCCUCAAUAACUGACGAACAAAGGCAUGUGUAUGACAAAAUAAUUAACGCCGUCUAUGGAAACAAAGGUGGAUUUUUCUUCCUGUAUGGCUACGGUGGGACGGGUAAAACCUUUGUCUGGAAAACGCUUUCAGCAUCCAUUCGAUCAAGAGGUGAUAUUGUUCUCAAUGUGGCUUCAAGUGGUAUUGCUGCACUGUUGUUGCCUGGAGGAAGGACGGCGCACUCCAGGUUCAAGAUUCCCAUACCUAUAACUGAGGAUUCAACAUGCAACAUAAAGCAUAACAGCCCUCAUGCUAAAUUGCUGAUAAAGGCGAAACUGAUCAUUUGGGACGAAGCUCCUAUGAUGAGUAAAUGGUGUUACGAGGCUUUGGAUAAGUGCUUGAGAGACAUUUUGAGGUUCACCCCAGGAUAUGACUCCAGCUUGCCGUUCGGAGGAAAAGUUGUGGUUCUGGGCGGUGAUUUUAGGCAAAUCUUACCUGUAAUUCCAAGGGCAUCCAGGGAAGAUGUCAUCAGUGCAACAAUAAAUUCAUCCUAUCUAUGGCCUUUUUGUGAAGUUCUUUGUUUGACAAAGAAUAUGAGACUCCUGCAAGGAUCUUCGUGCUCAAGUGCAUCAGAUAUAGCAGAAUUUUCAGAAUGGCUGUUGACUAUAGGUGAUGGCAAGGUCGGACAGCCAGUUAACGGCGAAUCAGAAAUUCAAAUACCAGAUGAAAUCCUUAUAAAAAACUCAGAAACCGGUUUUGAAGACUUGGUCAAUUUUACCUACCCUGAUUUGUUGCGUAACAUGUCUAACUCUGAAUACUUCAGGGAAAGAUCCAUUUUGGCCCCCACGAUUGAACUGGUUGGAAAGGUCAAUGAUUACAUGAUGUCUCGGGUCUCGGCAGAAGAAAGGGAAUACUUGAGCUCUGAUUCAAUAUACAAAGAAGACGGCAAUGUUGAGAGUGAGCUGGAUGCAUUUUCCCCCGAGGUAUUGAAUGCGAUGAACUGUUCAGGACUGCCACCGCAUAAGUUGAGUUUGAAAAUUGGAGUCCCAGUAAUAUUAAUGAGAAAUAUCGACCAGUCCAACGGAUUGUGUAAUGGAACAAGAUUGACGGUGAAGAGAUUUGGAGACCAUGUCAUUCAGUGCACCGUUCUAACUGGGACUAAAGCUGGAUCUACUGUACUGAUUCCUAGGAUGACCAUGAAUACAAAUAACACAAAUCUACCGUUCCAAUUUCAGAGACGGCAGUUGCCUAUAUGUGUCUGCUUCGGUAUGACGAUAAACAAAGCGCAGGGACAAACACUAGGGUGUGUUGGGUUAUAUCUUCCAAGACCGGUUUUUAGCCACGGACAAUUAUAUGUGGCGCUAUCAAGAGUCAAAAGCAAACAAGGGCUAAGGAUCCUCAUAGAAAACCACGACGAUCUCCCUUCUAAUACAACAAUUAAUGCUGUGUAUGAAGAAGUGUUUGACAAUAUAACUCCAUAA